AAUUUCACUGUCAAUCUCAAGAACACAACCCAAUUAGAAGUUUUUGUAACUACAUACAACUGUCCAACACACACAUCUUCUCCUUCUCUAUCUCUUUCCAAUUCAGACACAUAGUGCUGUUGGAUCUUGCAUAUAAAAACCCUUUAUCCCUUCGCAAAGAUGAAGGUCACUGUGGUCUCUCGCAGUGGAAGAGAAGUGGUUAAAGGUGGUGUUCACCUCAGCGAUUCUGCUACUGUAGCAGAUCUGCAGGAGGCAAUUCAUAAGCAAACCAAGAAGCACCCAUCAAGGCAGCGUUUGACACUCCCUGUCCAACCCGGAUCAAAGGAAAGGCCUGUUGUCCUUAAUUACAAGAAGAGUCUGAAAGAAUAUACCAGUGGAAACUCAGAAACCUUAACUGUUGUAUUCAAGGACUUGGGCCCUCAAGUUUCUUAUCGAACACUAUUUUUCUGCGAGUAUUUGGGACCAUUGCUUCUCUAUCCAGUGUUCUAUUACUUCCCUGUUUACAAAUAUUUUGGUUACAAAGGUGAACGUGUGAUCCACCCUGUGCAGACAUACGCCUUGUACUACUGGUGUUUCCAUUACGCCAAAAGAAUUCUGGAAACGUUUUUCGUGCAUCGGUUCAGCCAUGCAACUUCACCUCUUUCCAAUGUGUUCCGUAACUGUGCUUAUUACUGGAGUUUUGGAUCAUACAUUGCUUAUUACGUGAACCACCCUCUGUACACUCCUGUGAGCGACCUUCAAAUAAAGAUUGGGUUUGGGUUUGGCAUACUGUGUCAAAUUUCAAACUUCUAUUGUCAUAUUAUACUGAAGAAUCUCCGCAGUCCUGGUGGUGAAGGUGGAUACCAAAUCCCAAAAGGCUUUCUCUUCAAUAUUGUUACCUGUGCAAAUUACACAACCGAGAUCUAUCAGUGGCUGGGCUUCAACAUCGCAACGCAAACUGUCGCCGGUUAUAUUUUCCUUUUGGUUGCUACUUUCAUCAUGACCAACUGGGCUUUUGCCAAGCAUAGGCGUUUGAAGAAGUUAUUUGAUGGAAAGGAUGGGAGACCUAGGUAUCCUCGUCGAUGGAUAAUAUUGCCCCCAUUCCUGUAGAAGACGUAGCACUCAUCUCUGCUCACGGAUUGAGAUUUAUAAUUGUAGCAUAAUGGAAUUUUCGUUAUCUCUUUUUAUUAGAUAUGGAUUUGUCUUGCAAUGCUUUUGACUAUGAAGUUGAUUGCUAAAUUGUUGAAUCAGUGUUUUUUGCAGAAUAUUUGUAAUCAUUUCAGGAUUGUAGUACUGAGAUCCCUGUUUCAUCAACGUCUUCAUCUUGUGAUAA